AAGAGGAGGAAGAGUCUGCUAUUGUAACAACCAAAGAUUUGUUUGACUGGACGAGAUGCAUUAUUUGUAUUUGUUUAAUAAAAAUCUCAACAAGUCAAUGAAAUUGUGGAUGAAGUAUACUCCUUAAUCAAACGGCAUUAAAUACACUCACGUUCUAUGCAUUGCUGUAACAAACGCCCGUUUUCCGGUCUCUACAAAGGUCCGUCCGGUCGCGCGAGCCAUUAAGCAUUUAUUUAUUUAUUUAUUUAUGCUUGUAAUCCGUUAACCCUAAUUCCCACUCACCUCUGAUUUGCUAGUCAACAAUCCCCACCAUUGUGCUCUUGAGUUUCAGCGCAAUUGAUACGUUUUCGUCACGUAAAUAUUGGGCGGGGAGGGGUCUGAAGAAGGUGGAAGUUUGGCAGUAGUUGAUGGAGGUGAAUUCUGGCGUCGGCGGAGGAAAUGACGUUGAGCUCCUCAGCAAGACGCUGCAGGUGGAACACAAGCUGUUCUACUUCGAUCUCAAGGAGAAUCCGCGCGGCCGCUACCUCAAGAUCUCCGAGAAGACCUCCGCCACAAGGUCCACCAUCAUCGUGCCUUCCAACGGCAUCUCCUGGUUCCUCGAUCUAUUCAAUUACUAUGCCAAUUCCGGUGACCAGGAACUCAUAAGCAAAGAACUCCAGCUUGACUCCAAGGUCUUUUAUUUUGAUAUUGGUGAGAACAGAAGGGGCCGCUUUCUGAAGGUAUCUGAAGCUUCAGCUAGCAGAAACCGCAGUACCAUCAUAAUUCCUGCAGGUAGUGCCCAUGAUGAGGGUUGGUCUGCUUUUAAGAAUAUUUUAGCUGAAAUAAACGAAGCCUCAAGGCUUUACACUCUGUCCAAUGAGCAGCAAAACUCUGAAGUCUCAGCUGACCGGCUUGGACUUACAGAUGAUGUAGGUGCUGGUUUUAUAUCCAGCCACACCACCCAACUUACUCCAACAGCUGACUCGAAAGUGGACCACUCAAUUGAUUUACCAACGCCAGAAGAUGUUAAUAACUUGGGGAUUUCUAAAGUAAUCAGGGUUGAUCAGAAAAGAUUCUUCUUUGAUCUUGGCAACAACAAUAGGGGUCACUACUUAAGGAUAUCUGAGGUGACUGGUCCCGACCGCUCUUCCAUCAUCCUCCCAUUGUCAGGGAUGAAGCAGUUCUACGAAAUGGUGGGCCACUUUGUGGAAAUCAGUAAGGAUAGGAUCGAAGGAACAACUGGCCCAAAUGCAGCCUCUUCAGACUCUACUCUGGCAUGAUCAUAUUUGAAGGCAAAAUUCCAAACUUUUUUUCUGCAGUGUAUGAGGUGUGCGUUUGUUUUAAUAUUCUGUCUUUAUGAAGAGUUCAUUGGAAUUUGAAUAAACCCAUUUAUCUGUUUUGUCCCCAAAUAUACAUAGAAGUCCAUUUACUGAGAAUGUUAAUGGGAGUGGCAAUAAGAAAUAUAGUAUUGGUUAUUGUAACCCCCCAGUGUUGGAAGUUUCAUUUGUAUUUCCUCUCCUGGUCCUCAUUGGUUGGGAAUGUUGUGUGCUAACAUAUACUUUAAAAAAGGUAAUUUACCUUUUCUCAAUCUAAUAAUUAGUAGUAUGUUUUAUCUUUUAUUUUAUCAUUAAUAUUCAU